AUGGACACAGGCAAAAUGAUUCCACUAUGGAGGCCAGCAGCCGCGCUGUCGGCUUCGACUUCUCCCAGACCGAGACCACUCACCUGCAGACAUUCCGUGAACCCCGAAACUUUGACUCCUAGGCCUGCAGCAGAUCUUGGAAACCUGGUGCAUUUCAGCAAGAGGAUCCUUUUCGGCAAGGCCCUGGACACCAGGGAGGCCGGCAGGCGUGCUGUUCUCGUCGCCACGGCUAUGCUCGCCGGACUUGGCGGCAGAACGCGUGCAGCUUCGGGCAUGGAUUCGAGCAAAUGGUCAGGGACACAGAUACGCAUGAACACCCUUGCAGAAGCAGUGGCACGGCUGCGCUCUGGAACACGCUCCUUCCCCAUGGCACGCUAUCCAGAUCCGAUACUACGACGAGUGGCCGAGCCUGUGGCCGAGUCUGCCUUCCAGUCUCCUGAAGACUUGAAUCUCUUAGCAAGGGCACUAGAGGUCGCCGCCCGGACUGAAGGUGCCGUUGGGCUAGCUGCAAGCCAAGUGGGGGUCAACGCACGGAUAAUCUUCCUGGAUCAAGAUGUUCUGGGCGAAGCCGCGCCGCGCAUUCUUGUCAACCCACGGAUUACUGAGCGCAGCUCGGAGGGCGACAUGAGGUGGUGGCGAGAGUGCUGUCUGGUCCUACCUCCGGAUGUGCUGGUGACACUGCUCCGUGAUGCAACCGUGUCUGUGGAGUACUUCGACAUCAUGGGGCGGCUUCACACGCAAAGCCUGGAGGGCGAGGCAGCUCGCGCCUUGCAGCACGAGCUGGACCACCUAAAUGGGGUUCUGAUCCUGGACCAUGCCACAGAUGAUGAGGAUUUGGAUUCCAAGAUUUUUCCGGCCUUAAAGAGCUUGGAAUCACCGGAGCAUGCUCGGAGGCAGCAAGCUGUGUUUGACCGACUGGAUGUUUGA